AUGCAGACACCAGAUGGCGUUCCUGCAGCUUUUCUGGAGGCCAAGAAAGAAGAGAUCGCAAAGCGUCAGGAGGAUGAAAAGUUUGUUCUCGAAAUGAGAAGGAGGGAAAAUGAGCUAAUUCAGAAAGGAACUAAUCGAACGUCUAACAUGAGUUCUGAACAAAUAGAUAAUCAGAAGCGCGUUUCGUCUGUCAAAAGCAAUGGAGUAGCAGAAUCUGAAGAGCAGGAAACUUUUACCAAUCGCAACCGUUCCACUUCACGAACAGCAUCACCAGCCCCUCAACCACCUACAGCUACUACAGAAAGUCGUGAGAAACUCGAUGGAGCAACUAGUCGAACUGCUCAUCGAGAUGAAACGAGUUCAUCGCGUUCCCCUGAACAACACCAUCGCCGUCGUCAUCAUCGCCACUCUCCUGAGAAAUGUCCGGUCGACACAAGACGCCGUAGAUCACAUUCACGCUCUCGUCAUCGUCGUCAGCGUUCCAAAUCCCGUUCCAAACAGGUGCAAAAGCCGAAAUCACCUGUCACUGACUGGAGAAAAGACUUGAUGGCCGGUAGACGUCGCAGUCCACCGGAAAUGCCUGAGAGUAGUUAUUAUGGGAACGAAAAACGUUCAAAAGGCCAUAAGCAUUCCAAAAAGCAUGAUAAACAAAGACAUGGUAACAGUCAUUCGCACAAAUCUCACAAACGGUCUCCGUCUCACAACACAGACUAUUAUCGAUCUCGCAAGCAUACUCAUAAUUCUGGAUCCCGACACCAUAACAUGGUCGAAGUUAACGAGAGAGAUCAAAGAUCAGGUUAUUUAGAACAAUCAAGAAAAGAUGGUUUUGCUGAAAACUACAGAAAAUAUGAAGGUCCUGACCUACCUUCUCAUUAUGAUUACCGUUCGUCUAGUAGAUACAGACAUGAUGUUGAAUCACACGGUCGCAACGCAAGUCCAGAACCAAGCCGCGCGCGCGAUAGAGAAUCUGAUUGGCAUCUCAGAGAUCAUGAUCACCGACAUAGUCACCAUCCUGGUCAUAUAAAAAGAAGAGAAACCUCAUCUGGACACGAAAAUUUAUCCUUGGAAAGACGCCAAUAUCACCGUUUGCCGAGUCCUGAAGGACCGUCAUUGCCCCCACAUAUUUCUAAAAGACCUUCAGAUUCCAGGAUAAUCGAAGGAGUCCCCAGUAAGCGUACAAAACGUGAGGCAUCUGCUUCGUCAAGCAGCUCAUCAACCAGCAGCAGCAGCAGCUCUAGUAGUAGUGGUAGUAGUAGUAAUAGUAGUAGUAGUGGAAGCUCCAGUAGCAACGAAAGCGAAAGCGAAGAAAAUGUAGAAGAAUCUAAAAAGUCACAAAUUGAAAUCUCAAAGAAAGAACCCACCCCUGAAGGUCCUGCUCUCCCUCCAGAGCUGGAGGUAUCUCAACCUGAAGGUCCUGCUCUUCCUCCCGAUGUUGAACUCGCCGUAGAGUGGUCGGAAAACCCAGCCUGUUCUGGAUCUACAUCCCCAAGUUCGACAACUUCAGGAUCUUCCACUGGUGACGAACACAGUGAGGAAUCGGGAUCAAGUUCAAGUGAUAGUGACAGUGGCAGCAGUAGUGGUAGUGGUACCGGUAGUAGCAGUAGCAGUGAAAGUGAUAAUGAAACCAACACGAAACCUCAUAAAUCUGAAAGAAACGGUAAACACCCUAAAAGUCUUGGAAAUCAUAUGUCUCCUGAAGGUCCUGCUUUACCUCCUACCUCUAGCUCUAAUUCACAUAAGAAGAUUGACCCACAUGAAUCAGUUGAAGAGGUUUUACGUCGACGUGCUUUGGAGUCUUUACUUCGGAGCUCACAAAAACGCCGUGGUUCUCUUGAAAUGGAAUGA